AUGACUGAAACCGUGGGUAAAGAAUCAUUCAACUCCAAGGGUUUUCGAACGGCCAAACUACUAGGUACAUCACCGUCGACAUUCACUCUCAUGCAAGGCACACCAGCGUAUGAGGAGGCAAGAAAGGGGUUCUGGUCGCAAGAGCAGGCUGACUGCACACCAUACUGCAUUCGUCAACCCAAGAAUGCCCAAGGGGUAGCUGAAGUUCUGAGCGUUCUGGAAGAAACUGGAUGCCCAUUCGCGAUUAAAAGUGGCGGGCACGGUAGGUCCCAAGGGGAGUCUUCUAUAUCGGCUGGUGUUCUCAUCGACUUGAAGUACCUCAACAAUAUCCAGCUAUCGGAGGAUAAGCGCACUUGCAGAGUUGGGCCUGGUUGUACAUGGGCGGAGGUCUAUGGACAAUUGAACCCAGCAGGGCUCACGGUUAUAGGCGGCAGGGCGUCGACCGUGGGAGUAGGAGGUUUUUGCAUUUCUGGGGGGAUUUCAUUUUUCUCAAAUCGCCAUGGCUGGGCGCUGGAUAACGUCUUGUCAUUUGAAGUGGUACUUUCUGGUGGGAUAAUGUUGCAAGCAAGUCCUUCGUCCCACCCAGACCUUUACAAAGCGCUUCGCGGUGGGGGCGCCAAUUUUGGGAUUGUUACAGACUUGGAGCUCGCCGUGUAUCCCUACGAAGGCAUAUGGGGUGGCGGCGUCAGUUGGGCUUGGGAGCACGGUGACGCCAUCAUCGACACCUUCAUUGAAUAUGGCGAGGACAACGUCGGCAAUGCGGACGCUGCUGCUAUUUUAGGCACAGUCAAUUACCAAGGUCAAUGGAUAUGGUAUGCUGAGUUGGAGCAUCUCAAGCCAACUCCGCCAGAAAAACGAUCUGUUCUCGGCCGAUUUCUCAAAAUUCCCUCUCUUUUAGACGCGACAGGCCCGACUAGUCAGAUAGAGCGAACUGAUAGCAUCGUCAGUCACUAUCCAACAGGAUGCCACAAUGGAUAUUGGACGUUCUGUACACAGGUAGACAAGCGAAUCCUUAAAUACUUCAUGGAAACAUGGCGUGAAGAGGUCGAUCCGCUACUCGAUAUAGACGGCAUUGACAAGGCUGCUUUAGCAGAUGUCAAUUUCGUAUCUCAGAAUAUAGUCGACGCCAUGAGUCGAAAUGGCGGCAACGCUCUCGGGCUUGCUGGCAAAGGGCCUUUUCUCUUAUUUCUGAUGGAGUCCCUGUGGAUGGAAACAGCGCAAAGCGAGCGUGAUGUGUACUCGGGGUAUGGAGCAACAGCCAAAGAUUUCCUCGCCUUGGUGAGCGACAAGUAUGAUCCAAAAAGCAUCUUCCAACAUCAGAGAGGCGCGGGAUGGCACCUUCAUGGGUCUAUUCUGGGGCCGGUAGAUGGUCAAGGCGCUAAUAGUACGAAAGCGUAA